ACGCGCGCUGCGGGCCGUUAGCUGUCAGGACCAGGCGGCUGGCGGGCGCGCGGCGGGAGCCGACGUCUGCGCCAGGACCCGGCGGGCUGAGCCCGGCGCAGCGACAUAGGCGAGGGCAGCGCCGACCCUCGCUCCUGGCCGGGUCGCAGAGGCGAGCAGGGAGCCGCGGGCAGCCGCUCCUGCAGACAAGAUGGGGAACCGGGAGAUGGAGGAGCUGAUCCCGCUGGUGAACCGGCUGCAGGACGCCUUCUCGGCUCUGGGACAGAGCUGCCUGCUGGAGCUGCCGCAGAUCGCCGUGGUGGGCGGCCAGAGCGCCGGCAAGAGCUCGGUGCUCGAGAACUUCGUGGGCAGUUUGAUUAUAGACAUUCUACUCAGGGACUUUCUUCCCCGUGGAUCAGGCAUCGUAACAAGACGACCUCUCGUGCUGCAGCUUGUUACUUCUAAAGCAGAAUAUGGUGAAUUUCUGCAUUGCAAAGGAAAAAAGUUUACAGAUUUUGAUGAAGUUCGCCAUGAGAUUGAAGCAGAAACAGAUCGUGUGACUGGGAUGAAUAAAGGCAUCUCCCCCAUACCCAUUAAUUUACGAGUUUAUUCUCCACAUGUGUUAAAUCUAACCCUGAUCGACCUACCUGGAAUAACUAAAGUACCUGUGGGAGAUCAGCCACCAGAUAUUGAGUAUCAGAUCAGAGAUAUGAUUAUGCAGUUCAUCACAAGGGAGAACUGUCUGAUUUUGGCUGUCACCCCAGCCAAUACUGAUCUUGCAAACUCAGAUGCACUGAAGCUAGCUAAAGAAGUUGAUCCUCAAGGUCUGAGAACCAUUGGAGUCAUCACCAAGUUGGAUCUUAUGGAUGAAGGAACAGAUGCCAGGGAUGUUCUAGAGAACAAGCUGCUGCCUCUUCGCAGGGGUUACGUGGGGGUGGUAAACAGAAGCCAGAAGGACAUAGACGGGAAGAAGGACAUCAAGGCGGCCAUGCUGGCAGAGAGGAAGUUUUUUCUUUCCCACCCGGCUUACAGACAUAUUGCUGAUCGAAUGGGGACCCCACACCUGCAGAAGGUCCUGAAUCAGCAACUUACCAACCACAUUCGAGACACCCUGCCAAACUUCAGGAACAAACUCCAGGGACAGUUGCUCUCCAUAGAACAUGAAGUAGAAGCCUAUAAAAACUUCAAACCUGAAGACCCCACCAGGAAGACCAAAGCAUUACUGCAGAUGGUUCAGCAAUUUGCUGUGGACUUUGAGAAAAGAAUUGAAGGGUCAGGGGAUCAAGUAGAUACUCUGGAGCUCUCGGGUGGUGCUAAAAUCAAUCGUAUUUUCCAUGAACGCUUUCCUUUUGAGAUAGUAAAGAUGGAGUUCAAUGAGAAAGAAUUGAGAAGAGAAAUAAGCUAUGCAAUCAAAAACAUACAUGGUAUCAGGACAGGGUUGUUUACUCCAGACAUGGCAUUUGAAGCAAUAGUCAAGAAACAGAUUGUAAAACUGAAAGGGCCUUCCUUGAAGAGUGUAGAUCUAGUAAUGCAAGAAUUAAUCAACACUGUCAAGAAGUGCACCAAAAAACUGGCAAACUUCCCCAGACUCUGUGAGGAAACGGAAAGGAUUGUUGCUAACCACAUUCGUGAACGGGAAGGGAAGACAAAGGACCAGGUACUGCUAUUGAUUGACAUUCAAGUUUCCUACAUCAACACCAACCAUGAAGACUUCAUUGGUUUUGCAAAUGCUCAACAGAGGAGCAGUCAGGUUCACAAGAAAACCACAAUUGGAAAUCAGGGAACCAAUCUUCCGCCUUCAAGGCAAAUUGUGAUUCGCAAGGGGUGGCUCACCAUCAGCAACAUUGGCAUCAUGAAAGGAGGCUCCAAGGGAUACUGGUUCGUCCUUACGGCCGAAAGCUUGUCCUGGUAUAAAGACGACGAGGAAAAAGAAAAGAAGUACAUGCUUCCCUUGGACAACCUGAAAGUCCGGGAUGUGGAAAAAAGCUUUAUGUCUAGCAAACACAUCUUUGCACUCUUUAACACAGAGCAAAGGAAUGUGUACAAAGACUACCGCUUCCUUGAGCUGGCGUGUGAUUCGCAGGAGGACGUAGACAGCUGGAAGGCAUCGCUGCUGAGAGCUGGGGUCUAUCCUGAUAAGUCUUUAACUGAAAAUGAUGAGAAUGGCCAAGCAGAAAAUUUUUCUAUGGACCCACAAUUGGAGAGGCAAGUGGAGACCAUUCGCAACCUUGUAGACUCCUACAUGUCUAUUAUCAACAAAUGUAUCCGAGAUCUAAUUCCAAAAACGAUAAUGCACCUUAUGAUCAAUAAUGUUAAAGAUUUCAUCAAUUCCGAGCUCCUAGCACAGUUAUACUCUUCCGAGGACCAAAAUACUCUGAUGGAGGAAUCCGCAGAGCAGGCUCAGCGCCGAGAUGAGAUGCUCCGAAUGUACCAGGCCCUCAAAGAAGCCCUGGUGAUCAUCGGUGACAUCAACACGGCCACGGUGUCCACCCCCGCCCCGCCUCCCGUGGACGACUCUUGGAUACAGCACUCUCGCAGGUCUCCUCCUCCAAGUCCCACAGCCCAGAGGCGGCCGACGCUGAGCGCGCCCCUGCCGAGGCCCACGUCCGGCCGAGGCCCAGCUCCCGCCAUUCCUUCCCCGGGCCCUCACUCAGGGGCUCCCCCAGUCCCGUUCCGUCCAGGGCCGCUGCCCCCUUUCCCCAACAGCAGCGACUCCCUGGGAGCCCCUCCGCAAGUUCCGUCGCGGCCCACGCGGGCCCCACCCAGCGUUCCCAGGUUUGGUGCCAUGAAGGAUGAAGCUGCUGAGCCUUGAAGUCGUGGGUUAAGGGUACACGGACAAUUAAGGAACUUGUGUGACUCCCUGCAGUCAUGCACUGGAAACGCCCUGCCUUCCUCUCUCCUCUACAGCCCUGUAAAAGUAUGAAUUCAUUUAGUAGCUGAGCAUCAUUUUGACAAAUGAUGAGCUCAUCUUGUGAUUUCUGAUGUCAGCCAUGAGCUUUCUAUUUUCCUCACCAUCCAUUCCCCGUUAAAGGAGAAAAAUAAAUAAAUACAUUUGUAAUUAGAUAUUCUGAUAAUUUAGGGAGUAGUUUUUUUUUUUUUAUUUUUGGCAACUGGAUUUAAAAGUCAAGCAAAGAUUUUUUUUCAUAAGUAUAAGUGCUAAGAAUAGAAGUAACUUUGAGCUCUUUUUUGAUUGUUAGUAUUCAAGGCAUCUCAUGAGGCAACCAUGUCCCAAAAUUUAUUACUGAAGCCCCAAACUGUAAUUAAUAAUUUGUUUCCAUGUUAACAUGAGUCUUCAUGAUGCUUAGGACACUUCGGGGAAAACAGGGAUUUUGGCCACGUGCUACUCACUAAGGAAAAUGUCCGUUUUAAUUUAAACCCUCCAUUAACUAUCCCAUGAAAAGCCUCAUUCCAAUUCCACAAUGAUUCUGGUUGUAACAGAAUAUUUCACUGGUGAAAUAUGGUGAAUCAAAGGUGGAUGUCAGCUUUUGCAUGCUUCAGGACUUGUUUUCAAUCUGGCUUAAGUGAAAGUAUAAUUAGUUUGGUGGUUUCCUUCUGGGUCCACUUUACACAAACCUGCCCAUAUCCUGCCCCAGUCCAGGUGACUGGCUGUCCCUGUCAGUGAGGCUUCAGGACACAUUUGUUUUUGAAGGUCAGAGUGUGGGAGCUUUGCCGACGUGGGAAGGCAGACUGCAGAUGGCCUUUUUGUUUUCAAUGAGAACCUUAUCUUACUUUCCCAAACAUCCCAUGUUGCAGGCAGGUAAGACAAAAAGCGAACUAAGAAAUGAUCUCCAUGAGGCAAAGCGCAAGUAACACAAAUGCAGACAGCGGCAGUAAAUAUAACAGCAUGCCACUGCCCGCCCAGUCGUAACUGGCAUUCAGUUAACCAAAUACAACUGCUUCCAUGUCCUGUGACAAAUAAUAACAAAUGCUCUCUCAUUGAGCCCUUUGGGGCCCCAAGCUGCUAAGUUGCAACCAUUGUAAGGAAGCCCUUCUGAGUUUUAGGGUAUCCUGCCUGCCCUGAGUUUCACCUGAUGGAUAGAGGAAGACAGCCAAGACAGGAUUCUGGCAGAGGAGCCACUGGCCGGUGAAAAACACACCAUCAAUGAUUAUUAUUCUUCCUGUGGCCAGUCAGCAGCAAAUUGUCACCAGUUGGAAUCUGCUGAAUGUUCCUACAUACAACCUGAUGUCAGCUCAAAGAAGGGAGAAAACUGUUUUCCCCAGUGUGAUCAGACACACACAAGCAGGGGUUCCUAUUUCAUCCCAGUGCCCCGAAUUCCCCUCAGUCAGAAAAGAGUGAUUUUUACAGGGAACCCUUUACGUUCAGACAGUGCUGGUUAGAUGGUAUGUGUUUCAGAGAGAUCCAAGGCCCAACGUGACUUGUUAUUCUUUCAAUUCUAAGUUGGAGCCAAGCAGCAAACUCUAAUUAUGAAUGGGAUCUUGACGGCUUUCUCCUUCCCGCGGACUUAUCAGCUACUGUGAAAUAUUAGAUACGAAAUUUAAGUAACGCUGACUAGACUUGCUUUAGCCCCUAAAAGCCAGGAAAUUAAUGAAAAUGUAAAUGCUGCCUCUUUCAUACAGAAUGUGCCUUUAAUGCCUAUCUCCAGCAAGAGACAACAGGAAUUGAGGAUUUCGCUGAGGGUUUGAUGGCUUUUGCCUGCUUGUCAUAACUUUAUUGCUACUUAAACACAGAAAUUUAAAUGCCCCCACUGAAAUCCUCUAGUUUACUUGUGCCAGCAUAUUGUAAGCUUUGUCUGGGGAAACCUCUGAAUCCAAACACAUAUUUACACCCUUUACUUGCCAAAUGAAAUCCAUCUGGUUUACCAAAUGCUGUUGCCAAAAGAAUGCUACAUUUUCGGUCUGGCCAGUAUUUUCAAUGCAGACGAGGGGAGAGUGGUGUUGAAAAUGCUUUGGGUUUGGGAGAAUCUGCUUGUUUAUUGAUGUCACAUUACUGAAGUAUUUAGAUGAGUUUUAGAUGGCAUGGCAACUCUGACCAAAAAUAGAAUCGUUGCACAGGGCACAGUCUACAGCCACAAGGGCCUGAAGCAGCCUUGCAUCAUGGCAUGGUACUUUCUUUCCCUUCUGACUGCUUUUCAAGCAUCACAGCCACAUCAUAAGCAAGAGUGCAAAUAGCAGGUACUCUGAUUUCUUGUUUUCUAACAACUCCCAUGAGCAGUAGGAAACACCACUCCUGUUUUCUGGUCAAGAUGAUCAGUUCACAUAAAUUGUAAACAUAUCCCAUUCAAGGAUUUUAAAAGAAAAAAAAGUUUCCAAAAAAUGGCGUGUAGCAAAAUUCUCCAUCACUCAUAAUCAGUGGUAAGGCAGGGCCUCCUGACUUCAAUUGCUCAGAGAUACGGAGAGUUCCAAACCCUCAUAAAAUCUGCUCCCCACUCCACACCCACUGCGGCCAAAUUGGGAAUUAAUUUAAUCACUAGAAAGCAUGACAUGGUGUAAAUUCUCUUACUGCUCUUGUUGGAACCUAGUAAUGUGCAAGUUAAUAUGUAAUUUAGAAAUAAGCUUCCUUCCUGCUUUUUUGGUGGAAUGGCUAACGUUUCAAUAAAGAGAGAGAAUAAGGUAAUGACCAGGAUCACCACCAACCAGAUACGCUGCCACAGGAGAAUCUCCCACUUCUAUGAUAAUUUUGAAAACCUAGAGAAAAAGGAAGACAAUGUAAGAAGGUCUCCAGUAGCUUUGAAUAUGCCUUGGGAAAUGAGUUUAUUUUACAAUCAAAUACACUAGUUGCCUCCACCAUAUAAAUAUUACCUGUAUUUGGUUUCAGAUUUUUCAUGAGACCAUUCAAUCUAAAUUUGGUUUUGAAAUGUAUACUUAAAUUAUUUUCUUUGUCUCAGAAGAUUAGUGUAUCUCAUCUAGCAUGAGCCCUCCUUUGAGAGUAAGAGAUGAGAAAGACUUCUAAAGGCAUUUUGCAGGCCGAGGCUAUGAUGAAGUUAUUUUGUUUGGGAUUGGGUAUUUACGUAAGAUACAUUCUGUACCACAUGGAUUUUUUAAGUCUAUAUGAGGAUUACUCUCCAAGCUAGUCUUAAGAAUGAACAACGUUCUCUCAUGUAAAUCUACACCUAAGUUUUGUGCUCAGAGGCCCACAGCCAGUCUUCCAACUUGGUUAUUAAAACACCGUUCACUGAGGAAAAGCUAUAAAAAAAAUGAGAAAAUAUCUGUAGACUUUUAAAAACAACUAGAAUUCCUUUUUCUCCUUAGUAGUGUUGGAAAAUAUUUUAAUAACUAAAAUAAUAAAAUUUCAUUUGAGGCAAAUUCCGUGGUAUCUUAAUUAUUACUUCUUGGAAUGGGAAAGUUACAAAAACAGUAGCAAAUUUGUUGCCUAGAGAAACCGCUGCAGUAAUUUCCCUCCACAUACUUAUGUGUAAAGUCAAAAUAAAACCCAUGCUGCAAAUAUUAUUUGCAUGAAAGCAGACUUGGACUUUCAGCUCUAAUAAUAGUGGCACUUAGGACUGAAAAUAAUGGACCAGAAAAAUCUUGUGCCUCCUCUGGCAGACUGUGAUUAACUUCCUUAAAUACUCAAUAGAUCAGUUUAGGAAUCUGUAAUGAAGAUUUUUGGUGUAAUUACUUGAUUCGCUUUCAUACUUAAAACACUCUGAAUUCCUCCAUUACCAUCUUAAUGCUUGAACAUCAAUAAGUGUAUUGAAACUUCAUUUUAAAGCACAUCUUUGAGUAAGCACAUUGAAGUAGUGGUUUCUCACUUUUACUUAAAACUUUGGUGUGUGACUCAUUACAUCUUGAAGAUUUCUGUACACAUAAAUAUUUCUGUAUAUGGAAAGCUUUUGUCACAUGUGGUCAUUUAUAUGUAUUGUUCGUUGGCUGUCUUCUAGGUGAACAACACUUGGGGGCACUCUUGCCAAUAACAGUUGCUACUGUUUUGUUCCAAGGUAGAGCAAGUGUCAGGAAAAUAUUCUAAAGGGUCACAAAGAAUCUGCAAUUUACAAACACUUUCAUAGUCUUCAUGGACUGUUUACAGUUUUACUUAAAAUGUCUUUGUCGUAAAAGUUUUGCAUUCAUUUAUUUUUCCUAUUGAUUUAAUGCCACUUAUUAAAAUUAAAAUGUCUGAGUUGUAAUACUGUGUAGCUACAAUAAUGAAGGUAGCACUGACCUUUGUCUCUAGUUCAUAAAGCACUGCGGGAUUGAAAAAGCAAGAUUCUAGACUGUUGCUUUUUAUUGUGCUCCCAUCUUAUCCCCUCCCCCCAUUUCCUUUGUCUGCAGGCUGGGCCAGCCACCCAGUUAUCUAGAAUAGUCUUCCUCUAGUCACUUAUGUCAGACACCUGCCUUCUAGCUGUGCUUGGCAGAGCAGUAGAAUGAGGUAAUAAUCAGAAGAAAAUGUUCUGUCUUUUGGCCUCAUCCACAUACAGCAUUAUUCAAAACAGUUCUCUGUGGGUGAGAACAGUCGCUUUGAGAUCCCUUGGUCUAAUGUUCCAUAGGGGUCUGGAGGAACAAAACUGUACACUUUUUGGAUCCCUUGUAAAGUAAUGGAAAUAUAAAUGAUAUCUGACUAGGCCUGUCCUCUCUGUGAUGUUUACAGACAUUUAGAGGUAUAUGUGGAAAUGAGAGCCGUUCAUUUAUAAACAUUCCGGCUUCACUUUCCCAAGUUUUCUUAAGCAGAACCUCCAUGGUCAUUACAGCAGUGUUAUCCUAAAGGCAGAUUUUGUGAACGAUUUCUCCAGGCUUGUGGCAGUUUUUGCACGACAGAUGCCCGAAGGACAUAUGGUUUCCAUAGAUUUUCCGUCUAGACUAGCUUUAUUUAGAGACUUUUGGUCUGAACCGGUCCAGUUAAAGUUUCUGUAGGAGCUUAUAUAAAAAUUCUUGUAUAAAAAUUUUAAAUGUGGGCAUACCAGUAAGGUGUAAAACAAAAAUGUUGACUUCUUAUUGGCAAAGGAUUAAAAGAGAUUGGCUGAAAAUUUCCUUCGGGUUAAGUAAUUCUGAUCGUUGUAUAUGCCCACUCAUCCGGUCCACCCCACGACGCUGUCCAAAGUGGAAAGGCUUACCCUGAAACUCCAAUAGCUCUUAAAUUUUGUAUGCUCCUCACCAUUUUCCUGAGUUAAGUUCUUUGUACUUCAGUUGGCGUGUGUGUGUGUGUGUGUGUAAAGAAAGCUCUAAUUCUUUCUGCAGACUUUUUACAUGACCCUGGGGACAUAUGAUUCUUUGCCCUUUUAGCACCUAUUUUUACAAACACAGCAUUUCUCUCAUUUAAAAAAAAAAAAAAGAAAAACUGUGCCUCCAACACACCCCCAAGUGGGAGGCUGAACCUUUAGGAGAUUUCUAGUGCUUUCAACCAACAAUGAAAAUCCCAUUUUAAGAUGGUUCUUGAGCCACUGUCAGAGAUUUAUUUAGAAACAAUAUGACACUUUCACAGGAAAAGAGUAACUUCUAAAAUUGCCCAGAAGUCUGCACUUUCUUCCUCUUGUAAGAGCCUGUCCCCCUUUAACUGCAUCAGAACGAGGAGACUUGUGGAAAAGAGAAAGCAUGGGCAGCUCUGUCCCCAUCAGUCCCAUCCCUUGGCUUCUCGCUAAGCAUUUAAUUGGACUUACUCACAUAUUUGUCCACUGACAUGGCAGCUUGCAAGGCACAAUGCUUCUCUGUUUUUCUGUUUGCUCUGAAAGUUUUUCGUUUUUAAAAUUGGAGCUCUAAGGCAUGUUAGAGCUCCUCCUGCUGGAUUUUCUUUUUAUAAGUGACUGGGAUUGUAAUUGGUAAAGGGCAACUCUUUGUCUCUGUUUUUAACCACUUGAAUUGAUCCAAAUGACCAGAAAAAAAAAAAAUAACAAGUGAUACCCUUAAAACUGUCCCUUAAUGCAAGGGGCAAUAUCAAGAUCAGGCAGACACUGAAAAGUUGGUACAGCACAAAUCUCUAAGUCUCCAAAUUCCUCUCGCUGUUUAUUUUUAUUGUUGCUAAGAAAAUAAAAUAAAAGGAAUUGGAAUGUUAGCUUUUCUAUCAACACUGUUGCUUACAUAGCCACGCUCUCUGAGGAAAGGCCCCAAGUCACACUCUCGGUCCUUGCUGUCCCAGAAAGGCAGAAAAAGGAUCUCCAAAUAUCACAGGGCAGAAAUGAAUUUUAUAGCCCUCACCCUUGCUGCUUUUAUUUCUUUUCUCUCCCUGAGCUGAGAUGGCAAAGGAAUGCAUGUCUCAUAAGUGGAAGCUGGACUUUCCUUGUGGUUAGUUCUCAGCUCUUCUCCUUCUUCUGCCAAGUGGUGGGAGUCUGCCUCCCCCUCUGCUGCAGCCUGGGGAGGGAGGGGAAAGUCAGAGAGAAAAUAGAAGGUGAGGAGGAUCAGAAACAGUUUUACCCACCACCAUCUAUGGAAGUAGUAGGUUUCUACAGAAAUUAAGUUCUGGGAAGUCUCUUGGAGGGGGUGGGCACAUGGGAGUGGAGAGAACGGAAAGAAGGAAAGGAACAAAGGGAAAGAGGGAGGGAGGGAAGAAGGAAGGGGGGAAAUAGGAGGGAGGAGGAGGGAAGCACAAAAGGCACAACGAAUCACUGGAAAGGCUGUUAUCUAACUCCAUUCACAGCCAUGUGCUUGAAAAACCCAUAAAAAACGAUGGCCCCUCUCUGUGUAACUUUCCCACACUGAGUUCUUCUUAACUUCUGCUUCUUUGCAUCACUCUAACCCUUUUCUCUCUCCACUUUAUCUAUGGUCAAUGUUAUGAUGUGGAGGCCAAAAUAUAAAAAAAUUAAUCUCAAAAGUAAUGCUUUUUAGAAAUCAUAUUUAAAGGGGCCGGUGUUGUGGCAUAGCAGGUGAAGCUGGCACCUGCAACACACCAACAUCCCUUAUGGGCACCAGUUCAUGUCCCCGUGGUUCCACUUCCAAUCCAGAUCCCUGCUAAUACACCUAAUAAAACCAGCAGAGGAUGGCCCAAGUGCUUGGGCCCCUGCUAUCCACAUGGGAGACUUGGAGGAGGCUCCUGGCUCCUGGCUCCUGGCUUCAGUUGACCCAGCCCUGGUUAUUGCUGCUAUCUGGGGAGUGAACCAGUGGAUGGAAAAUCUCUCUCUGUCUCUGUGUGUGUGUGUGUGUGUGUGUGAGGGGGUAUUUCCCCCUCUCUAACUCUGCCUUUCAAAUAAAAAUAAUAGAUAACUAUUUUUUUAAAAAAAUCAUCUUUAAAUACAACUAAAAAACCUCUAAGUUAUCUGUGUUAUAGUUUUAUUAGGACUGUGCACAAAAGAAUUAUUGGUUGCCUGUGAUCAAGAAUAAGACGGCACUUGAUUCCACAAACUGGCAGUACUUUCCUGACUUUGUUUCCUUCACAACUACCUUUCCUAUUACUGGAAUGCCAGUCCCCUCAAUUCUCCUGGCUUUCUGGCAGUCCUGAUAACCCUAUGGCCUCCUUCCAACUCCAAGCUGAGACUGUAGGCUUCCUGAGAUUCCUGCAGCCCAGACCUGUGGUGCCACUUAACCCCACUGUUGCUGCCCUCUUUUGCUUUCCAUCUCAAGGAGAAGCUCCUUUUGAGGAGUGACUGUCUUUCUUAUCUCUGCGUCUCUAGCCCUUUGUACAGAGCCUAGCAUAGAAGUAAGGCUUAGUGAGGGAAUGAAAGAAUACAAAAAUUGAGUUGACUUGCAAUACUUAACCACAGUUUGUCUUGGAAUUAGCCCAAUGCUUAGUAUAUUUUAUGAACCAAUUUAAACACAUUGUUUUGUUCUAUUCAAUUGAAAACAAUGCCUGAGUGACUGUUACUAAAAAAUUAUUUUUUACAAAUCAUAGACUGAGCAGAAUUUUACUGGGCAAAUCAUCCUCCAAACUGCCUUUUUCCCAUAACCACAGAAGUAGACAUAUUUGUGCAAUACCUCUUGGUGAAAUCCAAGUCAGCUAUUUAGGACAAUGCAGAGAAAAUGUGACAAGGCAGAUUGCACUACAAUUUGUCACAGAGACUACUUUACACAGGAUAUUACAUAUUUGUAUCAUUAAAUUAAAUGUGGACUUUUUCUCCUUAUGGUUUUAUUUUCAAUUCAUUAAUUAAUUCAUAUUUUCCCAGUGACAUACAUUAGAAAAUCUUGGGUUCAUUUUCACAGGGAAAGAAAUGCUUCCUCUAAUAUGUAGCAAGAAUCAUUUUAGGGAAUUCCUUAAACCCUUUAAGUAGACUCCAAGUCGUUUAUUCUUUCCAACAUCUACUGCAAACUGUUCUUGGACAGUACUGGCUUACUCUGUUACUGAAACCGAAAAGGCCAAAAAUAUGCUGGCUAUCGCCCUCUAGUUUUUUUGUUAUAAAUUAUAAAAUAUUAUCUUCCAUGUGGACAAAAUCAUUACUAUUAUUGCAUUUUUGAACUUAGUUUCUUGCCUUUUAGCUAUGUAGAAUCUAUUUAUUGAAUAAAUGCUUAAAAUAGGAAGCAAAGUAGAAAUGUAAUGCUGAAACUUACAACACUGUGUCCAGUAAUUUGUUGUCUUAGAGUAGAUAAUCAUAAGACAAAGUAAGGAUCUUUGAUCAUAGUUAGUUGCCUUUCCAUUUUCCCUAAAGUUGUGUUCCUGCCUGAUUUAUCCUUGAGUCUGUUCACUAGUUCACUUUGGUUGAUUUACUGAUUGGGACACUGCCUUUAGAAGGUACUGUGGAAAACUGCAGAGAGGGUCAAGAAUAAUCUCAGUUGAUAGGAGGUACAGAGUAUUGUUCAGAUGAUCAGAUACACAUUCACACCUCAAACUUUGAAAAUGAUGCAAGGUUAAAUAAUUUCAGAGGGUAGUGGAGAAGUAAGAGAUUUCAAUUCCUAACAUCUCAGAAAGCAGUUUUUGUUUUGUUUUAUUUUCUCGGCCUUUUGGCUAAGAUCAAGUGUAGUAUUUUCUAAGAAAUUGGUCAUAUGUAUCCAAAAGAAAGGAAGUAUCUUACUUCUCAGGGUUCAAUAGACAAAACCUUUCUGUCUCAUCAAUAAGAUUUAAAAAAAAAAAAGUUGACUAAAUUCAUAUCAGAUUCUGGUGGCUCUUAGGACCCUGGAAUGUGUAAAUAUCCCAUAAGCCUAGAUAUAAUUAUUUGUAAAUUGAAUCCUAAAGACAUAAUUAUAUCUUGAAAUUUCAAUUAUAUUUAGGAAGUAUAACUCAUGGUGGAAAAGAAGCCUCUCAAACAUAUCCUUUUUAUGUAAAUAACUACCCUCUCCAGAAGAGAUUGCCUCCAGAUAUUGUCAGCUUUUGCCUAUCAUUUUUAGGGGCUUUCUCUUUUAUUUGGAGUCACCUAACUAAUUAGGUUGGACUUCAAACACAGCCUCCUCAAAGAUGAGAAUUUGGAAUGAAUGUUUAAAGAUACUUACAUCCACUCCAUUUUCAUAAACAAAUACAAGCUUCCUAAGUAGGUAAUUUUUCUGUGACUUAUAAGAAAGCUACUAUAGACCAUUAUCUUUGAUUUUACCACAUAAACUAAAACUGCCUUGACCCAAUAAGUCUAAAUCCCAAAGGUAUCAAAGUGUUUCUACCAACAUUUCUUCAUCCUUCUUGAGAUUUUCCCCAGCGCUUUCUCUUUUUGUUUUUAUCUUACCUGUCAAGUAAAUUGAAUUGCUAAUAAAGCAGGAUAAAAAUCAGAUUUCAUGCCUUAGAACUGUAGUUCUCACACCACAGUCCCCGACUAGCACCAUCAGCAUUGUCUAGGAGCUUGUGAGAAAUGUGCUGCCCCGACUGUUGGCAAAGUUGGUAAGUCACAGCUUGGGACACCUGCACCCCGUAUCACAGUGCCUGCUUUGAGUCCUGGCUCCUCUGUCUCCCAUCCAGCUUCCAGCUAAAGCUCCCUCUGGGAAGCAGCAGUUGAUGACUCAAGUGCUUGGGUCCCUGCCACCCACAUGGAGACCCAGGUGGAGUUCCCAGCUCUUGGCUUCAGCCUGACCCCAUCAUGGCUGUUUUAGGCAUUUAGGGAAUGAACCAAAGAUAUUCAAAACACACAGAAGGAACUUGGUAGGGGGGUGGAGAAAGAAAUGUUCUACCCCUGAGAAAUUUUGGGAGGCACCAACAAUCUGUGUUUAUACAAGCACUCCAGGGAAUUCUGAUACAAGGUCCAGUUUUAGAAUGUGCCAAUAGAAAUGCCCAGUAGAACGAUUUCUGGACUGGGAAUCAGGGUCUUGGUGUAAGCAUUGGAAAGAGUAAAGACUGAGCUGUAAAGACCCAGUCUGGCUCAUGUGUAACCAUUCAGAUAAUUCCCAUUGAUCAUACUAAGGAGAAAUAAAGACCAAGCCAUUUCAGAAAUCAAUGUUAUGCCACCUAGAAUCAAGAAGAGAGAAACAGUGAUUUCUUCACCCAACCCACAUGCUGGUGCACCAAAGCGGUUUGCUCCAUCAAAAUCACCCCAACAUUCUAAUAAGAUUGGUACCACAUCUUGAACACUCAGGACCAGCUAACCCAACAAAUAGAUGAAACUUUAAUUCUUCUAUUCUUAAGAAAAUAAAUUGAGUGAAGAAAACAAAUAGUACAUUCUUCUCUCUUAUCAAUGAAGCCAGUUUCUCCCCCACAAUGCCACCCACCCUGUGUGAGCAUUGACUUUCUUACAAAAUUUGUCAUUGUCCAAAAUACUGUAAAUGGUCCAUCCCUGCAGCUACAAAUACAACUUUAAGUAUUACAUCUUUUCCUUUGAUUUGGAAGUAGAAACAUGGUUCUUCUAUCAUAACCAUAAACCGCCCACAUACAACACAGUGUUUCAAUAAACACUAAAUGAUACAAGAUGCUCCAUUUCAAUAUAAUGGGCUACUUAAUGAAGCCCAUCACUAAACAAAGCAACUGAGGAAAAUUUGGUACAAAACAAAUAACUUUGUCUUGCCCAAAACAAACUGUCUUGUGAGGUGAAUGUCUUUGGAAACUCUUUGAAUGGUCAGGAACUGGACCAACGAAAUGAACAGUAAACCUUAAAUGUUUUUCUGGUGUUGAAGUUGGCAAACAUCUUCGCAUUGCUUGUUAUAAAAAUUCACUCUUAACAAUUUAAUGCUCCUCUUGAUUUGCUUUCUAGUAGGGUUUUAUAUACAGAUUAUUAGGUUCUUUUUCAUCAUUAUUUUAGAAAUAAGAUAAUGCUUAUUUCUUCCCAAAAGCUCAGUGGGAGGCUCUUUAGAAUUUUUAAUUACUGAGUAAGUACAUACCCAGGUACUUUUAACAUAAAACUGGGAAUACUUUAAAAAGUCAUAAUUAUUUAAGAAAAAAUGAUGGGAGUCUAUCUUUUGUUUGUUUUUGACAGGCAGAGUGGACAGUGAGAGAGAAAGAGAGAAAGGUCUUCCUUUGCUGUUGGUUCACUCUCCAAUGGCUGCCGCGGCCGGUGCGCUGCAGCCGGCGCUCCGGCACAGCACGCUGAUCCGAAGCCAGGAGCCAGGUGCUUCCCCUGGUCUCCCAUGGGGUGCAGGGCCCAAGGACUUGGGCCAUCCUCCACUGCACUCCUUGGCCACAGCAGAGAGCUGGCCUGGAAGAAGGGCAACCGGGACAGAAUCCGGCGCCCUGACCGGGACUAGAACCCAGUGUCCCGGUGCUGCAAGGCGGAGGAUUAGCCUAUUGAGCUGUGGCGCCGGCCUAUCUUUUGUUCUUUCAAUCAUUAACUCACCACACAGCUAAGCGGUGCCUACUCAAAUCAAGUCCCUCGGGACACCCUUAAAGAGCUCAUAAUGAAUAGGUUCUCCUGGUCCAUUUAUCUGGGGGAAAAAUACUAUGAACCCAAGGCAAUACUAAGAUCUGGGAUGCAGUGGUGAAGGAGACAAACCAUAGACCCAACACAUCGCAGUACACAUGUUCUCAUAGUCUCCUGCCUUGGUCUCUACUUGUAGUUGCCCAUGACUGCUGUCUGUCUUAUCCCGUCAGCAUCAGCUAAGGAAUGAAAAAGAGAAUUUACUGUGCUUUCAGAUAUUCAAGUCUUUCCAUUCUCUGUCCUCACCUCUUGCCCCCAAACUUGAUUUGAUUUCUAAUUUCCCUCCAGACCUACCUAUUCUUAUAACUUUCAGGUUUUAUAUUCAGCAGUUAAAAUCAUGUUUUCCCUUGCUUUCACCAUGUUACUGUAUUUUCAACUUGCCCAAAAUAUGUCCUCAGUCUUUGAAUUACAGAGUUCUGCCCCCACUACUCCACACAAAAUGGAGUUCCAUAGCAAAAUUGUUACUCAAGUUGUGGAUCUGCUCCUUAAUGAGCAGAAAUCAAAACCUCCACCAGCAGUCGUCACAGAGUAAUUUAUUUUCAGCUAAUAAGGAAUCCAUGUGAAUCAUGUCUAAGUUCGUGGUUCUCAAGAGCAAAGGGAAGUGGGUGCUUUGUCUAGGAAAAAUGAAUAUACAGGAGAGGAAGUACUUGUCAUCACAUGGAAGGGUGGGCACAAGCGUGCUGUGACUAAUAUUGCAUGUUAUGGUAAUAAGGCUUAAACUCCUCCUAGGGUGGAGAUAUCUGCAUUAAAAUUAGAGAAAGGUUGGGCACUUGUGCAUGCUCAGUUUUCCUGGCUGUGGGCAUGACUGGGUCCUGCUGGAUUCUCAGCUAGGUUGAAGAUACCUGUUUCAUCUCUCUGGGCCUAAAAGACAACUUCAGAGGACAUGUUACUGUUUUGCUUGGUUAUGCAGGAGGAUGUUCCUCAAACUCUUGUUUUGUGGAUUACAAAACUACUUGCAUAUUUGUCUUAUUCCACCCAUCUCCCACUCUAGAUUCUGAGCUCUUAAAAUCAUACAUCACCAUGUCGUCCACUUAAUUAGAUGCACCAUAAAUAGCACAGUGUGUUAACUGGAAGAUCUGGUGCAUAUCAUGAAACUGUCCCGUGUUGUAGUUGAGAAAAUUGAGGCCUAAAAAAGUGUAAGGGGUUAAUGAUUGUACAGUUCAGCAGUUGAAACUAGAAUACACAUUGUUACCUUUUGAUCCACGAUUCCGCAUGUAAACAUAUGGCCUCAAAUAUAAGCCUCUGAUAAAAACAAAAGAUUACAUCCUUAGCUUCCGUGGACCUGUUCACCUUGAGCUAACCUACCUACAAUGUAGCCUUGGCUAAACAUCAAGUUUAGGUGCUUUUCAUUCACUCAUUCAUUUGUCCAUUAGUCAAUAAGUAUUCACUGCCUUCUAAUCACAUUCUACUAAAUGUGGAAUACACAUAUAAAUGCAAAAUAUGUAGUUUCUGUUCUCAAGGAACUUUCAAAAUAUUCAGGACACAGGCCAUAAACAAAUCUGUAAUCGGAGGCCGGGCUAAGAGUAUGAAAUACACAAACAUCAUGCAGUGAUGGAACAUGUUGUGAGGGAAGUGGGAAGUCCUCAGGAAAGACUGAGGAAUGGUAUUUAAGCCAAGAACAAAAGCACCGGAAGAGAACCCCGUGUGUAUUCCUUUCUCUCUUGACUAUGAGCCUAGGUCCAAGCUGCACAUAUGCAUACAAUUUCUAAUUCACCACACUAUGCCCGGGCUGUAUCCUCCCUCACUGAAUUUAUAGCCUAAGAUAUACUUUUUUUCAAACAAAAAUCCCCUUACUAAGUUCUCUGUUGAACCCUUUGGUAGAAUUUUCCUCCUUCAAGUUCAGAUUCUGGUCAGCUCCCUCCCCUCACCGCCAUAACUGCUAAAUUGCUAAAAAUGCCUUUCCAUGGGUUACUGGUCAUUUUUGACCUCCCUGAGAGCAGGAGGCCUAUUAUUCAGUACUUUUCCAAACAGCCUCUAAAGAAUUAAGAAGUCAAACACUUUAUAGGUGGAGUUUCCAAGGAUCUCAAUCCUACAUGUCAUUUUAGGUUUUUAUUUUCUUUUUUGCCAAAGCCAUGAUUUACUAACAAAUAUCCUUGUAUGAUGGUAGGACCAAGAGAUACCAUAAGCAUUCAUAAGCUCUUUCUUAUUCCAGGUAUAACUUUCCUUUUUUUCUGUUGUCAGACAUUUAGUGACUGAAUGGCAAGCAGCAAACUAGAACAGACAUUGAAGGAAUAUGAAGAUGUGUAAGACACAGCUCGUUUCUAAAUUAGUGAAGAUAAGCAUAAUAACCCCAAUUAGAAUUCAGUGUGGUGACUAACAAUCGAAGAAUGUUGAAAUGCCAUAAAAGCCACUGUAUCAGAGCAGGGGAAGGUAGGUCAGAGAAAGAUUCGCUGAGAUGAACAGAGGGUAAUUGGGUAUAACACCAUUUAUGUAUAGCACAAGUUACAUGGACAUGACCUCAGGAGUCUAGAAACUUCACACCCACAGAGAAAAUAACACAGGGUCAAGAUUCAAGAUAUAAAUAAAAUAUGGCCAUUUUAAACAAAAAUGAACAAUGUACUAGCACAAAGGCAAGUGUUUUUGCAUCAUCGUAAGUAGAAAGGUAAUUUGGGGAGGAAUUUUUCCUGGUGGAGAAUUGUCAAAACCGUCCAAAUGUCAUGGUAGCCUUUCUGCAAAGAGAGGACUUAUUUGUUCAUCCAAAUGGAACAACUGGUAUUGACUGGUUUAGUUCUGUCAUUGUGCCCAUAAAGUGUCUCUAAUUAUACUUUUCAGAGCUGAGUACUUGCUUCAUAAGCACGGGGCAUGAAGUCAGAUCAGCCCUUCCCAAGGAAAACUUUUCCUUUAAAGUUCUGACAUUUUUCAGGUGCAAGAGCCAAAAGAAACUCCACUAUAAUCUAUGAGUUUGCACCUAUGGGGUCAGUAUUUUCACCAUUAAUCAUCAGUAUCUCUUCUGCUUAUUUUUUCCUUGACCAUUUACUUUUAUUUUGUAGCUCUAUGAUUUUAAAACAUUUAAUAAUUGUUUUCUUCAGCUUCCUUAACUUCUUUAUAUCUGAGAAAGACCCUCAAUUUCAUCAAUUUAGUGUUUCCAAUACAGAAGAAAGUUCCAUGACAUAAGUAUAACUCCAGAAAGAGUCUGGGGAAAAAAACUAGUUGGAGUGUUUUAUCAAAAAGAAAGGCUUCCAUUUGCAGAGUUUAUUGACUUCUUAAAGAGUUUAAAAAUUCUUCUCCAGUGUUAUAAUACAAAGUCAACUAUACACACACACACACACACGCACGCAUGCACACAAAGUUACUAAUGCAAUGCUACUUCAUAAUGUCACAAUUCUCAAAUACAGUAAUAUUUUAUUACCUGCAGUAUGUUUAUUCAGCCUACUCAGCUAUCAGAAACACCAUUACCAGAAAGAAACUAAUUAAAGUUGCUGCUGAGAAUAAGACCUGGAAGACCCAAAAUAGGAUCUAGAGCUCAGCCAAUUUAUACCUAUUACAGAAAACCCUAAAAGCCUUGCUUUUCCAACUUCCUAGUGUCCUGCAAAUCAGUACCAACAUGUAGAAAAAUUGGAGAAAGCUGCUGCUAAAGACAAUGAGAGGGCUGGCGCUGCGGCUCACUUGGCUAGUCUUCCGCCUGCGGCAACGGCACCUCGGAUUCUAGUCCCGAUUGGGGUGCCGGAUUCUGUCCCGGUUGCUCCUAUUCCAGUCCAGCUCUGUGCUGUGGCCCGGGAAGGCAGUGGAGGAUGGCCCAAGUGCUUGGGCCCUGCACCUGCAUGGGAGACCAGGAGGAAGAACCUGGCUCCUGGCUUCGGACAGUGCAGCGUGCUGGCCGUGGUGGCCAUUUCGGGGGUGAACCAACGGAAGAAAGACCUUUCUUUCUGUCUCUCUCUCUCAUUGUCUAACUCUGCCUGUCAACAACAACAAAAAAAGACGAUGAGAGGUAGUGACACCCUGACAGAAGAAGAGAAGAUAAAGAUAAAUUAAAAAUCCAAAACCAUCAUUGCCUGAGACUUAAUGCACCUUAUUCAUUGCUAAGGUCGACACUACAUAGCACAGUUUACCCCAAGCAGUCAUGGUUCUCUGAUGGCUGAGAUGUGUGCAGUGUAUUUCAGAUGGCUUUCAAAUGAUUUCCUACUUUGAUUCGUACCAAAGGGGAUGAAUUUGAUUUUGAAAAAUACCCACGUGUGAAGAAGCCCCUAAUUUUUUUGACGACUGCUGGGUGAAUGAAGGUGACGUUAUGGAGAUCAUCACGGUUGCAGCCGCUCCUGCUGGCCCGUAUGCAUGAGCAUGUGCAUGGUGGCUCUCGCUCAGUGUCCGUGGAAUGACUGACUCUCUGCUAUUCCACUUGUUUCUUUACCUUUCUCUUUCUCUCU